AUGCGUGCCAAGCUGCAGCCAAAUCCCCUCGAUCGGAAGCACCAUCAUACUGGCCAAAACCAUCUGGUCCUUGGCACCGGGUCCAUAUCGACUACGCUGGCCCCGUGGAUGGUGACUACUUCCUGGUUGUUUGGACCGCCGGUCACUUUAAUCAGCGACAAUGGAACCCAGUUCACCAGUGAAGUUUUCAAGGAGUUCUGCGAACGUAACGGUAUCGAGCACAUCCGGACCCCGCCGUUUCAUCCUCAAUCGAACGGCCAGGCUGAGCGUUUCGUGGACACCUUUAAGCGAGCGUUGCGAAAAAUACGAGUGGGAACUGCAACGCUUCAAGAGUCUUUGGAUCUGUUUCUGCAAACGUACCGAUCCACGCCAAAUCCUGUGUUAGAUCAACGCACCCCCGCUGAGAUUAUGUUGGGAAGAAGAAGCAGAACGAUUCAUCAUCUAUUGCGGCCUCCAGCAGCAUCGGAGGCUACGACGUCGAACAACUUUCGUACAUGGCAGCCGGGUGACCUCAUUUAUGCGAAGAUGUUCCGGAUGAACUCUUGGAGCUGGGCUCCUGGGAGAAUCGUUCGCAGAGUAGGCCAUGUAAUCUACGAGAUAGUUACGUCGGACCAGCGAAGACAUCGACGGCACGUAAAUCAGCUCCGCCGUCGUAUUGCUGACCCAUCGGAUCAGGCCGAGCCGGAUCAACAGCAGCUGCCUCUUCAUGUCCUGUUGGAUGAAUGGGACUUGCCGCAGUAUUCGUCCCGUGAGUCAUCGUGCUCUUCGCCGCCAACCACAACGCAGCCAGCGGCGCCAGCAUCAUCGCCAGCAGCACCGGCACGGGCAGAGACGCAACAAACGCCAGCAUCAUCGCUAGCAGCACCGGCACGAAUAGAGGAGAAUACAACGAGAGCAUCAUCGCUAACAGCGCCAGCAGAGCAACAGGCGCCGCAAGCACUCGCGACCAUCGACAGCAACAUCCAUCAGCAGGCACGGCUACCACGACGUUCUUCUAGGCCUAGAAGAAUGCCUCGUAGGUUCGACACGUACCAGCUGACUUAA